AUGGCUUCCGAAAGACCUUCCCUAUCGCACGACAAUGAUGCUCCCGUGAAACCUGCGAUUGUGGCUGGCAUCAUUUCCACCUGGGUUGCUACAUUCCUAGCGGCUGCGGACAGCACAAUAACCUCGACUUUGUCUGCUACCAUCGCGAACGAGUUCCAGUCUUUGGCCUUGAUAUCAUGGCUUGGAACCGCGUAUCUCAUCGGCAUGACGGCCACACAACCGCUCAGUGGCAAACUGACGGAUAUUUUCGGUCGUCGUAUCAGCUUUUGUUGCGCAUCUGGCUUGUUCACGGUUGGAAACUUGGUAAGCGGACUGUCUCACUCGAAGCUCAUUCUGAUCGUGGCGCGUGUUUUGUCUGGCAUUGGUGGCGGGGGCUGCAUCUCCAUCGCGACAUUCAUUGCGUCUGACCAUAUUCCCCUGAGACGCCGUGGCCUGUGGCAAGGGAUUGGCGCUGUGAACUACACGACCGGAAUGGCAGUAGGUGCGGCGGUAGGAGGUGUUGUGAAUGACGCAGCGGGCUGGAGAUGGGCGUUUCUUGGAAUCGCUCCUAUCUCCUUCGCCGCCGGUAUUGGGGUUGCGAUCUUUGUACCAGAACAUCGCAAGUCAUACGAGACUCCGAGCGAGUUGUUCAAUCGCGUCGACUUAGCCGGGGCGGCGACUCUUGUGGCCUCUUUGGUCUUGCUGCUAGUUGGUCUCAAUCAUGAUGGUCCCCAACUCGUCAAUCGUGUGUUCGAGAUCACGAUCCCUCCUGGUCUCGCCCUUUUUGCGGCGUUUCUCCUCAUUGAGACGCGAUGGGCAAAAGAGCCCAUAAUCCCACUAUCACUUUUCCGCCGACGCACAGUUGUGGCCACCUGCUUGACAGCCUGGUUCAUGUCGAUGUCGUACUAUGCGCUGAGCUUCUAUAUUCCCCUCUAUUUCCAGAUGCUGGGGUACUCCACGGGCCAGAUUGGACUCCGUUUGCUGCCUGACUUCAUCGCUACCGCGCUUGGCUCUUUCCUUGUGGGCUUGCUUAUUCGGAUCACCGGUCAAUAUGGCUUUUUUCGAUAUUCCAUGCCCGUGCUUUUGGUCGGGUCCGCGGCCGGAUUCGGGUGGAUCUCAACACAAACACACUGGGUUCUUCCAGAAUCCUAUUUAGCCCUCAAAGGCUUUGGCAUGGGCGGCACACUGACCAUGCUGCUACUAGCUCUCCUUCAUGAGGUGCCACACGAUCGACAUGCAACCGCCACGUCAGCUUUAUAUGCAUUUCGUUCGACUGGUGCGAGUGUGGGGCUCUCAAGCGCCGGUGCAAUUUUCAAUAGCCAGAUCAGCCAGAGUGCCUCCAAGCUGGGGGUUCCCUGCAAGAUUGGAGAGCCCUGCUAUAUGGAUGCUCUUCACCGCACCUUCAAACUGGCACUUGGCUUGGCUGCUGCAGGACUCGUGUCUGCACUUUUUAUUAGGGCCCAUAGUACGCAUGAAGCGAGAGAAGCUGGGUCGGGUGGGACUGAAGGGGAGCAGUAA